UAACCUCGGGCAAUAAUGUCAGGCAAAAACAAAAACGCAUUCCAAUUCACUAUGGAAGACCAGACUGAAAAUACUCAGAAAAGAGCUUUAAGGGACUCAACACCAAAAGGGGAUGAAGAAGAAGUUGACGAAGGAUAUUGUAGUGUUAGUUCAGAGAGAGAAUCAGCAGUGAAGGCCAUAUCUGUGGCAAGACUCAACACACAUGGAGACAAAGAAAGCACAAAAGAAGCUGAAAAACAAAUAGUUGCUAAAAUACAGAGGAUUCGUCUUCAAUAUGAUCGCUGCAUGAUGUUUAUGGAGCAUAUAGUUAAGGAGAGCAAACAUUAUGAAAGUAUGGGGUUAAGUGCCAAUUGUAUUUUAGAAAAAGUCAAAGAGAGACUUGGAAUUUUGCUGAAAUAUACUAAAGAACAGAAUAUUUCUAUUGAGCAGGACCUCGAAUGGUUUCAACAAAGACUCUUUGACAUUUAUGUCACCUGCAACCCAUACAACCACAAGACCAUUGAACCAGCAAAAGUAACCACAAAAUUUCGGCCGCUUCAGCCAGUUGUGACUAGAGAAGUAAAUAUUGAGGAAUCUGGAGAAGAAUUUGAAGAAAUCCCAAUAAUAUCCAAUAUUGUCAUUAUAGAGGAGGGAGUGAUGACAUAUUCCCACCUUUGUAAGACAAUAAGUUUAGUAACAAGAGACAGUGACAGAAUUGAUGUCCAUUGUCCAUCUUCUGUGACCAGUUUCACAAGAAUCAGUGAAGACAUGGUUCUGGCAACCCUCCCCUUCAAAGAAAUGAUUCUUAUUAUCAGCCCCAAAACCUUCAAGAUCAAAAGGAUAAAGUUGGGGUUACAUAUGGUGAGUUACUUGGAAGAUUCUACACUUAUAGGUGUAGAAAUGUUUGGUAAGACAGUUUACCAAUUUGAUUGGGAGGAUAAUACCAUUAACUAUCAAUUUAUUACCAAAGAAACCCCUACAGAUAUUGCUGUAGGGGUCCAGAAUAUACUUGUAAUUACAUUCGCCAGCAUCAACAGAGUAAUCUGUUACAAACUGGAUGGCCAACAGUUAUGGGAGGUAGAGACCCAUUCUCUGCACCUCCCAAGUAAAAUCUCUCUCUCUACCAAAUUAUUUCUAUGUCCUCCAGGGACAAAUAAUUAUAGAGGAUUUCAGUUAAGGUGGUGUAACAAGGAGGGACAUUGGCAGGAAAUGCCGCUCUAUUUCUGUUGGUAA